AUGAAGUGGUUCCUUCUUCUCAUUUGCGUUGAGGUCGCUCUUGCCCUAUGGUGUGAAUCUAAUGGUAGAUUGUAUUCCAACGGUGAAGUAUGGAUUUGGGGUCGAUUCAAGGUAACAUGCGUUGUCGAAAAAAAUGAAUACCAAGAAGGAUGGCACACAGAGGUUCUUGCAUGCCUAACAGCGAGAAACACUCCAGUUGCUGUCGGUCACACCCUGAUUGAGGAUGGCCAGAGGUACCAGUGCAUCAAACAACAUAAUGGCGCCGGACUCCACGUGACCACAGUCUAA